UUUGCAGAAAAUGACGGGCUCCCGCCCAAGAAAAUUACGUAGCACUUGUUUUCCUCCUUUUGAGGUUUCCCCAAAAUAGUUGCUUCAAUCCAAUUGCCACGAGUCCCGCUGACCCCUCCCUAAUUCCUUCUGGAGCAGCGCCUGUCCCUGACCCACUCUCAGCUCUGAACCGGGAUCUCUACACAGGCCGAUUGACAGGAGGAGGCGGACCCUUGGGGAACAGACGGCCCCUCCUCAGAGGGGAGGGACCGACUUCCCAAGGCCUUGCUCCCUAGCAGUCGCUGCGCCGGGUCCCAGAACUUAGUCCUACGCCAGGAUUCUGACCACGCGUGACCCCGCUGCCCAGCCGGCCCUACAGUCAGCUGGCCCGUGUGUCCCUCCGACAUGUCGUCCUGCAGCCGCGUUGCUCUGGUGACCGGGGCUAACAAGGGCAUCGGCUUCGCGAUCGCGCGUGACCUGUGUCGGAAGUUCUCCGGGGACGUGGUGCUCACGGCGCGGGACGAGGCGCGGGGCCGGGCGGCGGUGCAGCAGCUGCAGGCGGAGGGCCUGAGCCCACGCUUCCACCAGCUGGACAUCGACGACCUGCAGAGCAUCCGCGCGCUGCGCGACUUUCUGCGCAAGGAGUACGGGGGACUUAACGUGCUGGUCAACAACGCGGGCAUCGCCUUUAGAACGGAUGAUCCAACACCCUUCGACAUUCAGGCUGAGGUGACACUGAAGACAAACUUUUUCGCCACUAGAAAUGUCUGCACUGAGCUACUCCCCAUAAUGAAGCCACAUGGUCGGGUGGUCAAUGUCAGCAGCCUGCAGGGCUCAAAAGCUCUGGAGAAUUGCAGCGAAGACCUUCAGGAAAGGUUCCGAUGCGACACGCUUACCGAGGGGGACCUGGUCGACCUCAUGAAAAAGUUUGUGGAGGACACAAAAAACGAAGUUCAUGAGAGGGAAGGUUGGCCAGACUCGGCCUACGGGGUGUCCAAGCUGGGGGUCACAGUCCUUACGAGGAUCCUGGCCCGGCAGCUGGAUGAGAAGAGAAAAGCUGACAGGAUUCUGCUGAACGCCUGCUGCCCGGGCUGGGUGAAGACUGACAUGGCAAGGGACCAGGGCUCCAGGACUGUGGAGCAGGGGGCGGAAACCCCUGUUUACUUGGCCCUCCUGCCUCCAGAUGCCACUGAGCCUCAUGGGCAGCUAGUCCGAGACAAACUUGUGCAAACAUGGUGAAACAUCUGCUCUGGGGCUUAAUGGUUCAAUCAAUGUUAG